ACGAGGGCAACGGAGGAGGCGAGGAGCGCCGGGUACCGGGCCGGGGGAGCCGCGGGCUCUUGGGGAAAAGACUGAUGAUGAACAAGCUUUACAUCGGGAACCUGAGCCCCGCCGUUACAGCCGACGAUCUCCGGCAGCUCUUCGGGGACAGGAAGCUGCCCCUGGCGGGACAGGUCCUACUCAAGUCUGGCUACGCCUUCGUGGACUACCCCGACCAGAACUGGGCCAUCCGCGCCAUCGAGACCCUCUCGGGUAAAGUGGAAUUGCAUGGGAAAAUCAUGGAAGUUGAUUACUCAGUCUCUAAAAAGCUAAGGAGCAGGAAAAUUCAAAUUCGAAAUAUCCCUCCUCACCUGCAGUGGGAGGUGUUGGAUGGACUUUUGGCUCAGUAUGGGACAGUGGAGAAUGUGGAACAAGUCAACACAGACACAGAAACUGCCGUUGUCAAUGUCACAUAUGCAACAAGAGAGGAAGCAAAAACAGCCAUCGAGAAGCUAAGCGGGCAUCAGUUUGAGAACUACUCCUUCAAGAUUUCCUACAUCCCCGAUGAAGAGGUGAGCUCCCCUCCACCCCCUCAGCGAGCCCAGCGUGGGGACCACUCUUCCCGGGAGCAAGGCCACGCCCCUGGGGGCUCUUCCCAGGCCAGACAGAUUGAUUUCCCGCUGCGGAUGCUGGUCCCCACCCAGUUUGUUGGUGCCAUCAUCGGAAAGGAGGGCUUGACCAUAAAGAACAUCACUAAACAGACCCAGUCCCGGGUGGACAUCCACAGAAAGGAGAACUCUGGGGCCGCAGAGAAGCCUGUCACCAUCCAUGCCACUCCAGAGGGGACCUCUGAAGCAUGCCGCAUGAUUCUUGAAAUCAUGCAGAAAGAGGCUGAUGAGACCAAGUUAGCCGAAGAGAUUCCUCUGAAAAUCUUGGCCCACAAUGGCUUGGUUGGAAGACUCAUUGGAAAAGAAGGCAGAAACUUGAAGAAAAUUGAACAUGAGACAGGGACCAAGAUAACAAUUUCAUCCUUGCAGGAUUUGAGCAUCUACAACCCUGAAAGAACCAUUACUGUGAAAGGCACAGUGGAGGCCUGCGCCAACGCCGAGACAGAGAUCAUGAAGAAGCUGCGGGAGGCCUUCGAAAGCGAUAUGCUGGCUGUUAACCAACAAGCCAAUCUGAUCCCCGGGUUGAACCUCAGCGCACUCGGCAUCUUUUCAACAGGACUGUCUGUGCUGCCUCCACCAGCAGGGCCCCGCGGAGCUCCCCCCGCUCCCCCCUACCACCCCUUCGCUACCCACUCUGGAUACUUCUCCAGCCUGUACCCCCCUCACCAGUUCAGCCCAUUCCCGCACCAUCACUCCUAUCCAGAGCAGGAGAUUGUGAAUCUCUUCAUCCCAACCCAGGCUGUGGGCGCCAUCAUUGGGAAGAAGGGGGCACACAUUAAACAGCUAGCUAGAUUUGCUGGGGCCUCCAUCAAGAUUGCCCCAGCAGAAGGCCCUGAUGUCAGCGAAAGAAUGGUUAUCAUCACUGGGCCACCAGAAGCCCAGUUCAAGGCCCAGGGGCGGAUCUUUGGGAAACUGAAAGAAGAAAACUUCUUUAACCCCAAAGAAGAGGUAAAGCUUGAAGCCCACAUCAGAGUGCCCUCUUCUACAGCCGGCCGGGUGAUUGGCAAGGGCGGCAAAACCGUGAAUGAACUGCAGAACUUAACCAGUGCAGAAGUCAUCGUGCCUCGUGACCAAACGCCAGAUGAAAAUGAGGAAGUGAUUGUCAGAAUUAUCGGACAUUUCUUUGCUAGCCAGACCGCACAGCGCAAGAUCAGGGAAAUUGUACAGCAGGUGAAGCAGCAGGAGCAGAAAUAUCCUCAGGGAGUCGCCUCACAGCGCAGCAAGUGAGGCUCCCACAGGCACCAGCAGAACCAUGGAUGAAUGUAGCCCUUCCAACGCCUGACAGAAUGAGACCAAACCCAGCCAGCCAGAUUGGGAGCAAACCAAAGACCACCCUGAGGAAAGAGAAGUCUGCGGAGGGGGCCGGCCAGGGACUCCGCAGAGACCCUGAGAUCGACCCUCAGGGCUGAGGAUGGAGGGAGCGGACUGGUCUCCCCAGUUCCGCACAGCCCGGGCGGGCCUGGCCCCAUGGCAGGGCUUCUGCGGGCUUCCCCGUUGCCCCCGUCCCCAUCCACUCGGAGCUCUCCUAAGCUGCCACGACGCUAUCCCUUUUAGUUGAACUAACAUAGGUGAACGUGUUCAAAGCCAAGCAAAACUCACACCCUUUUCUUUCUUUUUUUGUGGAAAAUAGUCUCUGUACAUGUGUGUACAUAUUAGAAAGGGAAAGAUGUUAAGAUAUGUGGCCUGUGGGCUACACAGGGUGCCUGCAGCGUUAAUAUAUUUUAGAAAUAAUAUAUCAAAUAACUCAACUAACCCCCAUUUUUAAUCAAUUAUAUAUAUAUUUUUCUUUUUAAAGAGAAAGCAGGCUUUUCUAGACUUUCAGGAACAAAGUCCUUCUUUGGGAGGUCUCACGGUAUAGUAAGGAACUUCAAGGCCACCCACACAAAAUUCACCCGGAGGGGACUCUCGUCAAAAGGACACUCACAGCAGUUCUGGAUCACCUGUGUAUGUCAACAGAAGGGAUACCGUCUCUUUGAAGAAGAAACUCUGUCUCUCUCCAUCCCUGUCUAGUUCAUAUACCCAUUUAUCUUUGCUUCACAGGUUUUAGACUGGUUUUUGCAUACUGCUAUAUAAUUCUCUGUCUCUAUUUAUCUCUCCCCUAUCCUUUCUCCAUCCCCAUUCUUUUUAAUUCCCUCAUCCCUCUGUCUCAGUUCCCUGUAUCUACACACCCAACCCCCCACUCCAGACCCCCCAUCCCCUUGUACCCACCUCCCCUCACCCCCACCCCCCGGCAAAGCAGUACUCUGAUAUCACAUCACACAAAAGGAACAAAAGCGAAACACACAAACCAGCCUCAGCAUACACUUGGUUACUUAAAAGAACAAGAGUCAAUGGUACUUGUCCAGCAUUUUGGAAGAGGAAAACAGGAACCCACCAAACCAACCAGCCAACCAACAAAAAUUCCACCAAGAAAGAAUGUAUUUUGUCUUUUUUACAUUUUGGUAUAUAAGCCAUCAGUAUUCGGCAAAAUGAUUUCUUUCUUUAAAAAAAAAAAAA